CGCGGCCGCUGAGCCCCCGCCGGAUCCGCGCCCGGAGCCCCUCCCGCCGCCAUGGCCGAGCCCGCGGCCGUGUCCUCGCUGCCCCGCGAGGUCCGCGAGCAGCUGGCCGAGCUGGAGCUGGAGCUCUCGGAAGGGGACAUCACACAGAAGGGGUAUGAGAAGAAGAGAGCAAAGCUGCUGGCUCCGUAUGUUCCGCAAACCCAAGGGGUCGAUCCAGCAUUACAGAAGGAAUCCAGACCUCAGAUGCCCGUUCCAUCUGCAACUCCAGCCUCAGCAUCAUCCUCCUCAUCCAAAUUCCACCGAGCUCGCUCAGGGGGAGCCAGAGAUGAACGUUAUCGAUCUGACAUCCACACGGAAGCGGUCCAGGCAGCGCUGGCCAAGCACAAGGAGCAGAAGAUGGCCCUGCCCAUGCCCACCAAGCGCCGCUCCACCUUCGUCCAGUCCCCGGCAGACGCCUGCACUCCCCCAGACACGUCUUCCGCCUCCGAGGACGAGGGCUCGCUCAGGCGCCAAGCUGCUCUCUCUGCUGCAUUGCACCAGAGCUUACAGAAUGCUGAGUCUUGGAUCAACCGAUCUGUUCAGGGGUCAUCCACAUCCUCAUCAGCAUCCUCUACACUUUCCCAUGGAGAAGGCAAAGGGACCAGUGGGUCACUAGCUGAUGUAUUUGCCAAUACUCGAAUAGAAAGUUUCUCAGUCCCCCCAGAUGUCACAGCAACUACCUCCACCCCCUCAGCGCGGCCGGCAGCCAUCGACCUCCCUCCCUCGGGAAUCGUGAAGGGGAUGCACAAGGGAUCCAACCGCUCCAGCCUCAUGGACACUGCAGAUGGUGUUCCUGUGAGCAGCAGAGUCUCCACAAAAAUUCAGCAGUUGUUGAACACCUUGAAAAGACCUAAAAGACCGCCCCUGAAGGAAUUCUUUGUGGAUGAUUUUGAAGAAAUUGUGGAAGUUCCCCAGCCUGACCCGAACCAGCCCAAGCCCGAGGGCCGCCAGAUGACCCCAGUGAAGGGAGAGCCCCUGGGAGUGGUCUGUAACUGGCCUCCUGCCUUGGAAGCAGCUCUGCAGCGCUGGGGAACCACUCAGGCUAAAUGUCCCUGUCUGACAGCACUGGAUGUGACAGGAAAACCAGUUUAUACCCUCACGUAUGGCAAACUCUGGAGCAGAAGUCUCAAGCUGGCCUACACCCUGCUUAAUAAACUGGGGACCAAAAAUGAACCCGUGUUAAAACCUGGAGACAGGGUAGCCCUUGUGUAUCCCAACAACGACCCCGUGAUGUUCAUGGUGGCAUUUUACGGCUGUCUGCUGGCAGAAGUGAUCCCAGUGCCUAUAGAGGUACCUCUUACCAGAAAGGAUGCUGGUGGGCAGCAGAUCGGCUUCCUGCUGGGGAGCUGUGGGAUUGCUCUGGCCCUCACCACUGAAGUGUGUCUGAAAGGGCUCCCAAAAACCCAGAAUGGAGAAAUUGUGCAGUUUAAAGGUUGGCCCAGACUCAAAUGGGUUGUGACAGAUUCAAAAUAUCUCUCCAAAUCUCCCAAGGACUGGCAGCCCAACAUCUCAGCAGCAGGAACUGAGCCAGCAUAUAUUGAGUACAAGACCAGCAAAGAGGGCAGCGUCAUGGGUGUCACCGUGUCCCGUGUGGCUAUGCUGGCUCACUGCCAAGCCUUGUCUCAGGCCUGCAACUACUCUGAAGGUGAAACAAUAGUGAAUGUGUUGGAUUUUAAGAAGGACGCAGGGCUGUGGCAUGGCAUUCUGACGAAUGUAAUGAACAAGCUGCACACUAUCAGCGUGCCCUAUUCUGUGAUGAAAACCUGCCCUCUCUCGUGGGUGCAGAGGGUUCACGCCCACAAAGCAAAAGUUGCUUUAGUGAAGUGUCGAGACUUGCACUGGGCCAUGAUGGCCCAUCGGGACCAAAGAGACGUGAGCCUGAGCUCCCUGCGGAUGCUGAUCGUCACCGACGGCGCCAACCCCUGGUCUGUUUCCUCCUGUGAUGCCUUCCUGAGCUUGUUUCAGAGCCAUGGGCUCAAACCAGAGGCAAUUUGUCCCUGUGCCACCUCCCCUGAAGCGAUGACCGUGGCGAUCCGGAGGCCUGGAGUCCCCGGGGCCCCUUUGCCAGGCAGAGCCAUCCUGUCCAUGAACGGGCUGAGUUUCGGUGUGAUUCGGGUCAACACUGAAGAUAAAAACUCUGCUCUCACUGUCCAGGAUGUCGGGCAUGUGAUGCCAGGAGGCAUGAUGUGUAUCGUGAAACCAGAUGGGCCACCCCAGCUCUGUAAAACAGAUGAGAUUGGUGAAAUCUGUGUGAGCUCCAGAGCAGGAGGAAUGAUAUACUAUGGGCUGGCAGGGGUGACAAAGAAUACUUUCGAGGUGAUCCCUGUGAACUCCUCUGGCUCUCCAGUGGGGGAAGUGCCCUUCGUGCGUUCCGGCUUGCUGGGAUUUGUUGGACCUGGCAGUUUGGUGUUUGUGGUUGGGAAAAUGGACGGAUUGCUGACAGUGAGCGGGCGAAGGCACAACGCCGACGACAUUGUGGCCACUGGACUGGCUGUGGAGUCAAUAAAAACAGUUUACAGAGGAAGGAUUGCUGUGUUCUCCGUGUCUGUAUUCUAUGACGAGAGGAUCGUGGUGGUGGCAGAGCAGAGGCCGGAUGCCUCCGAGGAGGACAGUUUCCAGUGGAUGAGUCGGGUGCUGCAGGCAAUUGACAGCAUUCACCAAGUGGGUGUUUACUGCCUUGCUCUCGUGCCAGCCAACACAUUGCCAAAAACUCCGCUGGGAGGGAUCCACAUCUCCCAAACCAAACAGCACUUUCUGGAGGGCUCUCUGCACCCCUGCAACAUCCUCAUGUGCCCACACACUUGUGUGACAAACUUGCCAAAGCCCAGGCAGAAACAGCCAGGUGUGGGCCCUGCCUCUGUGAUGGUGGGGAACCUGGUUGCUGGGAAGCGAAUCGCUCAAGCCUCUGGGAGAGAUCUGGGUCAAAUAGAAGACAAUGAUUUAGUUAAAAAGCACCAGUUCCUGACUGAAGUGUUGCAGUGGAGAGCUCAAGCGACUCCUGACCACCCACUCUUCCUUUUGUUGAACGCCAAGGUCCCACUGGUUCCUGUAUCAGUUAAUGCUGUAUCCCUGUUGAGUAUAUUCUGGCAAGGUUCUGGUGCAAGAAGACCUGAACUGACUCCCUGGAAGGGAACCACUGUGUGCACGGCCACCUGCCUUCAGCUGCACAAAAAGGCUGAAAGAAUCGCAUCAGUGCUGUGUGACAAAGGCCAUCUCAAUGCAGGAGACAAUGUGGUGCUUCUUUAUCCUCCUGGCAUCGAGCUCAUCACGGCCUUCUACGGCUGCCUGUACUCGGGCUGUGUCCCCGUCACCGUGCGCCCGCCCCACGCCCAGAGCCUGGUGGCAACGCUGCCCACAGUGAGGAUGAUCGUGGAGGUCAGCAAAGCUGCCUGUAUCCUCACAACCCAGACCUUGAUGAGGCUGCUCAAGUCCAGAGAGGCAGCUGGUGCUGUGGAUGUGAAAACCUGGCCAACCAUCAUCGACACAGAUGACUUGCCCAGGAAACGGCCAGCCCAGAUCUAUAAGCCACCCACACCCGAAAUGUUGGCAUAUCUAGAUUUUAGUGUUUCCACAACAGGCAUGCUCACCGGAGUAAAGAUGUCCCACGCUGCGGUCAGUGGCCUGUGCAGGGCCAUCAAGCUCCAGUGUGAGCUCUACUCCUCCCGGCAGAUUGCCAUUUGUCUGGACCCCUACUGCGGGCUGGGAUUUGUGCUCUGGUGCCUUUGCAGUGUGUAUUCUGGACAUCAGUCAAUUUUAAUUCCUCCUAUGGAGCUGGAAUCCAAUCUUUUUCUCUGGUUAUCUACUGUCAGCCAGUAUAAAAUAAGGGACACUUUCUGUUCCUAUUCAGUCAUGGAACUGUGCACAAAGGGACUUGGAAACCAAGUUGAAAUGUUAAAGGCCCGAGGCAUUAACCUGUCCUGUGUGCGGACCUGCGUGGUGGUGGCAGAGGAGCGGCCGCGGGUUUCCCUCACUCAUUCCUUCUCCAAACUCUUCAAGGACAUCGGGCUGUCGUCCCGAGCCGUGAGCACCACCUUUGGCUCACGGGUCAACGUGGCCAUCUGUUUACAGGGAACAUCUGGGCCUGAUCCCACCACGGUGUAUGUAGACCUGAAAUCCUUGAGACAUGACAGAGUCCGUCUGGUGGAACGAGGAGCUCCACAGAGCCUGCUGCUUUCCGAGUCUGGGAAGAUUCUGCCUGGAGUCAAAGUGGUCAUUGUCAAUCCAGAGACAAAAGGGCCUCUGGGAGAUUCUCACCUUGGGGAGAUUUGGGUGAACAGUCCCCACACAGCCAGUGGCUACUACACCAUCUACGACAACGAGACCCUUCAGGCCGAUCACUUCAACACCCGCCUGAGCUUCGGGGACGCGGCGCAGACGCUCUGGGCUCGCACGGGGUACCUGGGCUUCGUGCGGCGCACGGAGCUCACGGCGGCCAGCGGAGAGCGCCACGAUGCCCUGUACGUUGUGGGAGCACUGGAUGAGACUUUGGAGCUGCGGGGGCUGCGGUACCACCCCAUCGACAUCGAGACCUCGGUGUCCCGAACCCACAGGAGCAUUGCUGAAUGUGCCGUGUUCACCUGGACCAACCUGCUGGUGGUGGUGGUGGAGCUGUGUGGCUGUGAGCAGGAGGCUCUGGAUUUGGUUCCUCUGGUUACCAACGUGGUCCUGGAGGAACAUUACUUGAUUGUGGGUGUGGUGGUGGUAGUGGAUCCUGGAGUUAUUCCCAUCAAUUCCCGAGGCGAGAAACAACGGAUGCACCUCCGGGACAGUUUCCUGGCGGAUCAGCUGGACCCCAUUUACGUGGCCUACAACAUGUGACAGGCAGAACUGCAGCACCACGGAGUGAUGAGGGUGGUUAUGGAAGUGAAGCUGGUGAAAAUUACUAAUACUUGAUCUAAAGUUUGAGGUUGCUGCCACAUUUCCUCCCUCCCUCCCUCCUGUCCUGGGGGUUUCGGUCCCAGUGGGGCGAAGGAAAUGUGGGAAGCAACAGCAAACGUUUGUAACCGUUUACUGAACCAUGAGCUUUAGAGAACUGCAAAGUGGGAAAGUGUGUGAGCUACGAAAUCCCCAAGGCCUUUACAGUAGUGUUACUUUUUCACCCGUUGUACAUAUUUGUAUUUUUAUCUAAUCCUGGGUUAGGAUUCUAUAAGGGGAGGGUUUAUUUAGUUAAGAUAAUAAACUAUUAAGAAAAGGGUCAUCAGAGUUCUGCAGUUCCCUACUCCAUGAUCUCCUUUGCAUCUGGAGCUGUUCAUACCACGGGAUCACACAACUUAUUGACAAUUGUGCCAUGACCAAAUCAAUAACUUACAGAAUCAGAGUUGCUUAUUCAUAUAGAGAUUUCUGGAAUUUAAAAAUAAUUUUGCCUAUAUUUUAAAUAUGUAAAUAUUAUUAUACAUAAAUCACUUAGAUAGAAAAUUAACUUGGCUAGUGAGGACAGCUGCAGGUUGAUGUUUUUAAGGACAGGUGACUUUUGUGGUCCUCAGCAUCCUGGCAUUGGCUUAGACACAAUGUGAGAUGCUCCCACCUUCCCCAGGCUUCUGAUUUCAUUUGUAUCUUCAUUUUGGCCAGAAGUGUGUAGAACCCUUUGGUUUUAAGGCACAUCUUUCUCCAAGAGGCUGAAUCCAGCAUGGAAUUGGGUAGAAAUGGCAGUGCAAGUCCCAAAAGGAACUGAGGGACAGCCUCUGCCUCAUCCUGUGGCACCAGGUGUGGAAAGGAAAGACAUUCCUCAGGCUGACACACAGGUGAAUUCCCUGCUUGUGCCAUUCAGCCAGGACUCCUUCAGCUCGCUGUAGACAGAGCAAGAACUGCUGUAAAUAGGCUUCAGUGGGAGCAAACAGCCCAGCUUUCCUCAAAGCAUUCCCUGAAAGAACAGGAGAAUUCCAGGUUCAAGCCGGACGCAAUUUUUCUUCUACAGGAGGAGACUAAUUCUGGCAAACACCUUGUUAAAUAACGGUGUGAGCAUUGCUAUCCCAGCCUUCCACAUCCUGUGUCGGCUCCAACCUUAGGGAAUGGGAAGAAAGAGAAGCCUUAAAGCAGCAGGUACAAGCUCUUCCUGCUGGGAAGCAGUUCCAUACGGGCUGGGGGAGAGCUGGUGGUUGAGCUUUGACUCAAAAUUACUUUUUUUUUUUUUUUUUUUUUUAAAUUCUUCAUCCUCUAACAACAAUUAUACUUCUUUGGGUGCUAAUAUAUGAUUUUGGAAGCCUUGGGAGCUGCUACCAGAUCCUGCAACAGGGGUUUUUUUUGAGUCAGAUGUGGUAUACAGUGUAAAUAAACUUUUCAGAUGUUCCAGAUUACCUCACGCAAAGUUUUUAGGCAGUUUUUAAAAGGUUUAUGGUUUGGACUUGGAAGAUCCUGUGGCAGUUAACUGGAGCAGAAUCCAGUGGAUCCACGAGCAAACCCCACAAAACAGGAGCUUUAAAGCUCAGAUAAGAAGUUUCAAAUGAUAUUUUUGAGAAAUAUUUGGUGGGGGAAUAGGAACUGGAAGUUUUGUAGCAGGUCUGGACUUAACGUGUUUGCAAACACUUCGGGUUUCGGGGGCACAUUUUGGAACCUUUUCUGUGUUUUCCACAGUAUCAGCCAACGCUGCAGAAUAUGCACAAAAUCUUCAAUAUAUUUAGUUUUAACAAAUUGAACACAAAGUGGGGACAGUGGCAGGUGAAACUGUGACUAAAACAGUUGGUCCUGCAGCUUAUUUUGGGUGUAAAGUGCACAAGGGUUGUUCUCCCUUUUCAGCCAGAAAAUUCCUGUUAUUCCAUGUUCUUUGUCACCGUUUUUGUGUUUCCUGCACAGCCCAGGCCUGGCCAAGCAGCUUCCCUCCAGUGUGACCUUUCCAGGGAAAACUGUGGUGGUCUUGAACCUUUUUCUUUACUCAAAGCUUUAGAUAAUUGUUUCAGCAAACAUUUUUUGUCCGCUGAAGUGGAUUUUAAGUCCAAUUCCUGGAUUCUUUUAUUUUUAUUCAUGAUUUUUCACAAAUAAAACAAUGUGUGUAUGAAUUCCAUCAAACGUGGCAGAUGGAAUUCCUGAAAUGGCAUUUUUGAAUGGGACUGGAUUGAUUUUUUUUUUUUUUUUUUCCUUAUUUUUUGUUUGGAUAGGUACUGAUAGCUUCCUAUGGUUUGAGGUUUUAUCUUGCAAGUUUCCUGUGUGCUCCAGAUCUUCCAGCACAUUCCAUUUCUCUGUGCUGGAGAACUGCAGGAUACAGCCGUGCCCAUGGAAUGAGAGAACGUUCCAGGGACAAGGAGAAGCUGGUUUGCCUUCCCUGAAUGCUUUGUCCAUGUUUUGGCACAGUGCUGGAGAGGAGGAAGGAGGGAGCUGCGACCCUGGAAUCCCCAAAUUCCACCUCCAGCUCUGCUCAGGACUUGCCGUGAGCCUUCCACAGGUCAUUCCACUCCUUCCAUUCCUUCCUCUGUAGCUGGGGAUGAUCUUUCCAUAUUUUUUUGGGAACAAAGCAAGAUCCUUCACUCCAGACACUGGCAAGUGGGCAGGGCUGGGUGCUUUUCCCAAAGAAACAGCCUCUUCCCUGGUUUGACUCUGCAGCUGCUGGGGUUGCACAGGGCACAUUAUUCCCUUCUCUCACCCCUCAGGUUCCAACUUAACUGCAGUGAAACUGAAAAACUGGGAGUUCUUCCCACUGGACUAAAGUAUUUUUUGUGUCUCACUGUUUCUGAAUCUUCCCUGAGCAAACGCUGUGGGAACAGGACAGUUUUGUCCAGUUUUGUUAGAAUUUGCACUUCAUUUCUGGUUUAAAUCAAUUCAGCUGUGUCCUACUAACUGUCCUAAAAUAAGGUUAUAAAAACCAGAUCAAUUUUAGCCCUAGAUGCAUUUUUUUUCCUUUUAUUUCUGUCAACCUCUUUCCCAUUGUCCAAUCCAGACUCUGGCAUUCUGUAAUUAUGUAUAAAGGUUUUAUUUAUUUAAAAUUAGCUUAGUUACAUUUUUAAAUUUAACACCUGGCUGGACAGUGUCCCAUUAACGCAUUGAUUGUGUUUCCUUUGUCUUGUGUUAAUAAAUAUUGAUGCCUGG